AUGACAUCCAAUCAAUCAGGAUUUUUUCACCAAUCAUUAAUAAAUGGAACGAGUAGGGAAAAUCAUCAUUUACAUCAUUCGAAUACAAACCCAAAACUAAAACGAAUACGAACGUCUUUUCUCAAUUUACUACAUUUACAUCGAUCAGCAAAUAAUAUUGAAAAUAAAAAUAUCCAUCAAGAACAAGAAAAAUCUUUACCACGUCGUCCAUCAAUUAUUAAAUCAUCUGAUAUAGCAAGAAGUCCAGAAAAAAAAACUGUUGCAUUUGCAACUGCUUUUGAUGACCUAGACAAUGAAUAUGAUGAAGAUCCUUUGCAUAGUUAUCUUGAAAAUGAUACUGAUGACGAAACAACAUCGGAACAAGAUAUUAUUAAUAUUAUUCCAAACAAAGAGACUGAUGAUGAAACAAUGACGGAUCCAAACAAAAAUAUCGAACCCUAUCCAUUUCGUUCGGAAAUACAAUUACCUUCAUCUUCGAUUGACCUUACUACUACUCAUCGUCAUUUGCGAAAACAAAUCUUCGAUCGUUUUAUUCAUCCUCAUCAUACAAAAAAACUUCAUCCUAUAACAACUGUUAGAUAUAUCAGUCCAAACAAUCGAUCAAUUUCAACACCGGAAAUAAUGAUAUCAUCGUCAUUACCUGCAACUUCUACAAAACUUAAAACAAACGAUCGACGACGAUCAUUAAAAACUGUUCGUACAUGGUUUAAAUCAUUAUCAUUACGUCCCUUUCUUCCAAGAAUUCGUAAAAGUUUACAUAACAAUAAUCCGUCAAAACCACAAAUUCCUCGUCAAUCAACUGGAUUACGAAGAUUUUCUGAACUUGAAUAUUAA